GCCGAUUUAUCCUUUUAAGCACGGCAGGCGCAACUUGCAAAGCCACCAAAAUAUCAUCGCGAACAUAUAUAACCGACACGUGGCUGAUCCGGACGUCUAUCCGACACGUAUCUUCAUUGCAAGAAAACGACGCCAAAGGUUGCGAAUAAAAAAAUUACACGCGGCGGGUGCAGUGAAUUCGCGGAGUUGAGUGGCAGGUGAUCAUUUCCUCCCAUCCGAUUUAUGUUUCACACCCUGGCAAACUUCCACUCCAAAAAUCACAGAUGGACUGAGAGAGAGAAGAGCUCCCGACGAUUCUAGGUAGAGAAAUUUCUAAACCGACACACGAAAACACGCGAAUUCAAUCACCGAGCUUCUGAUUGCAUGCCACGUGUCCGAUUCCGGUGAAGAAAGCAUGGCCAUCGUCGACAGCCACCACCACCACCGGCACAAGUCGCACUCCGACACGAAGCUCUUCACCCUCUGCCCAUUCUGGCAGUCGGGGGGCCAAACGUCGUCGUCUUCCUCUUCCACGCAGAAGCUCCACGGCGAUGGAUUCAAAUCCAAGCCCAAAACGGUAUCGUCCGUCGCGAGAUCCCUUCUCCCUCCUCGUCGUCGACUCCGACUCGACCCCGCCAACAAACUCUACUUCCCUUAUGAAACUGGGAAACAGGUGAAAAGUGCGAUCCGAUUGAAGAACAGAAGCAGGUCACAUGUAGCUUUUAAGUUUCAAACUACUGCGCCGAAAAGUUGCUAUAUGCGUCCUCCGGGAGGAAUACUUGCUCCGGGAGAAAGCUUAAUUGCGACCGAUGGCGCUUUACCACAGUGGCGGAAAACAUUCAGGCCUAUGCACCUUGUGUUUAGGUUUGUGGAGCAACCCGAGAACAAUGAGAAACAUUUGGAUCAGAAGACCAAGGUUAAGUUCAAGAUUAUGAGUCUCAAGGUGAAUGCAGGGAUCGACUAUGUGCCUGAGCUGUUUGACGAACAAAAGGAUCAAGUGACAGUCGAGCAAAUUUUGCGUGUUGUAUUUUUGGAUGCAGAGCACCCUAGUCCUGCUCUGGAAAAACUGAACAGACAGUUGGCUGAAGCUGAGGCUGCACUUGAAGUGCGUAAGAAGCCGCCUCCUGUGGACUCAGGCCCUCGGGAUGUUGGGGAAGGCCUUGUAAUAGAUGAAUGGAAGGAGCGGAGGGAGAAAUACUUGGCUCGGCAACAGGUUGAAGCAGUAGAUUCAGUGUAAACUGUGAUUACCUUUUUCUGUAAGUGCUUUUGGAUUGGAAGGGAGGUUCACAUAUUGUAAUAUUGUAUUCUUUUUGCUCAUCGGUCUUCCGAUAAAUGGUAGGGAGGUCAUAUUGUGAGGAAGUAGUUGGUACUCCGAACUAGUGUGGAAGUAGACGGCUCUGGGUUGAGCUGCCCUGUUGUAGAUAAUAAGUUUUGUUUUAGGUUGAAAAUAAGUGAACGACUCUAUAGUAAUCAGCGUGCUUGUACUUGUAUAUUUUCAAUGUUGAGGUGCCCUAGUGUUCUUGGAA